AUACUGUGCGGGGUAUAUUAAACGCGAUGCAGUCCAUAACCGAACCCAGGGAGCCCUAAAAAGCGAACCUCUAGCUGUCGCACGAGUUCAGUUUCUGGUCAUAUUUCCUCACCUACGUUCAAAAUGCUGUCGUCUACGGGCCCAAACAACUCAGUAGCCUAUUACAACGGCCAUGUCUAUACAGUCAACCCUGCUCAGCCCUGGGCCCAGGCAUUCAUUGUGUCACCUACUGGUAUAAUCGAGGCAAUUGGUACUGAAGAGGGGAUUUUCAAGAUUGCCAGCUCACGAAACCUCAUCCGAUAUGACCUCGCUCAACGAUUUGUCAUGCCAGGCAUCCACGAUGCCCACACCCAUCUGCUACUUGCCAGUAUGCAAGCCUUGAAUGAGUCAUCCAUCGGCUUCGAUUCCGGCGCCAGCAAUAUCAGUCAACGGUUGGAGGACGGUAUAUGCGCUUGUGCUUAUCACAAUGUGGCAGGAGACUGGGUGAUUGGAAACUUCUAUCAAGCCAGCUUCUUCCCCGAUGGGAUUCCGGAUCGCAAAUACCUUGAUUCGAAGUAUCCGACUACGCCCGUCCUCGUUCGGGAGGUUUCUUGCCAUCGAAUCCUGCUCAACACAGCGGGGAUGAAAAGAGCAGGGAUUGACCCUGUUCACGCCGUAGAUCCACCGGGUGGCUUUUAUGUCCGCCGUUCAGAUGGAAGUCUCACUGGAGAAGUUGCUGAAAGCGCUAUGAGUCAGGUCUUUUCCAAGCUUCCUAUUACACCCUUAUCUCACGCCAAACGAGCUUUGGAGUUUGGUGUACGCAUGUGUCUCAAGUAUGGAAUCACAUCCUGUCAAGAAGCGUCCGCAAACUCCCUCUACCUUCAUGCCGUCGAGGAAUUGGAGCAGGAAAAUCGUCUCGAUCUAGACAUAUAUACUCAUAUUGUCUGCGCACCCGAGACAUUUGCCAUGGAGCCUCGCGAUAGUCUAGCAGCCUUACUAGAUGUAGCCAAUGGUUUCCGCAGCAAACAUGUGCAUACGAAUUUUGUGAAGUUCUGGCUUGAUGGAGCUCCAUUACCGCCGCAAUUCACCCAGUGCGAUCUUGACGCUCAGGGACGUCCAGAGCAAAAGCAUAUGGUGAUUGACUGGCGCUUUUUGGAGGAAGCAGUGACCAAAUAUGAUGCGCGUGGUAUGACCUGUAAGCUUCACGUUGCAGGAGAGGGAUCGGCUCGGGGAGCGCUGGAUGUGUUGGAAAGAGUUCGAAAGGCCAAUCCUAAUGGACCGAGACAUGAGCUUGCACAUUGUAGCGCAGUUCACGAGGAUGAUGUUCCUCGCUUUGCGAAAAACAGAAUCACCGCUGAGAUGUCCCCUGCCAUUUUCCACGAACCAGUUGUCCAAGAGAUCCCACACCUUCUCAAGUGGCCUUUCAACCACGUCUUAGAAACAGGGGCCCACAUGACAAUCGGGUCAGACUGGCUUUUGCCAGAAACACCUAGUCUUUUCGAUGCACUUGCUGCUAUUGUCGAAAAGGUGGAAAUUUGGCCGGGCGGCCGCAAAAGCUCUGCUUUGGAAUCUGGAAAAUCUAAGAAAGAGAGAGGAGGUGAGAUUCUAUGCCGGGUUAUUACACUCAGCGGUGCAGAGGCCGUUGGAGCGCAAGACCAAACUGGCAGUCUGGAGGUGGGAAAGAGAGCCAAUUUCAUCGCCGUGGAUCGCGAUUUGAGCAAGGGCAACUUCUCUGGUGCUACUGUUUUGAAGACAUGGUUUGAGGGACGGUUGGUCUAUGACCGCAAGGAUCAUGAUUCUGUUGCGAUACCCUCAACCGCAAACAGCAGACUGUGA